CAAAGGCAGCUGCUUAACCGCCUGAGCCACCCAGGCACCCCAAGGGUAAGUAGAGCUCUUAAUUGCUGUCUCUACAGGGAAGUCCUUGAGUUUAGAGGAUUUCAGAAACAUGAAGGAGGAGGACAUGGUGAGGGGCCUCUAGGAUCUGACUGAGAAGGAACAAAAAGAUGUGCUAAGCUGCCUCAGAGGGCAGUUGCCCCUCUACUAGAGUGGGACUGGUGUCAUCUCCCCCAUUUCCUGCCCCUAGGUGUUGGAGGUCCUGAUCUCUGGUGACCUACAGAUGGAGGGUCUAGCAGGUCUUCUCAUGAGUAGCUUUUUUAAUGCUGCCGGGUUCUUGGUAAAGGCACAUACGGGAUCCAUUCUGGAUAUCUUGGAUGCUUUGAUUAAGCUGUCUGAGGAGCAGCAUCGUGUGGCUGAGGCCCUAGCGAGGGGGACCCUGCCCCUGCUGAAGGACCAGGUAGAAUCUGUCCUGGAGCAGAACUGAAAUGAGCAGCCCCGUGAUGUGGGCUGAGACCGUGACACACGACUUCUCUGUGCCCUCUGUGUUGCUCUCUCCCUCCUGCUGCAGCUGGGUGAGAAGCUGACCUCCGUGCCUUCCUAACUGUUUGUUAGCCCUUAAACCAUUCUCCUCACAAGCCCCUGGGGGCUCCCCUCCCAGGCCAUCCCUGUCCCCCACCCCCAGUCACCGGAAUGCUGUCUUUAUAACAGACAGCCGACUAUUCUUCAAUAUAUCAUGUUCCCUACAUGAGAAUGUCCAAAAAUCAACCCGGAUUAUAUGCAUGAGCUUCUGACUAAAAGUGGCAGAUUGGUCAUAUUAAUUUUCUCUCCCUCUUGAAACUCACUAAAUAAAGUAAAGCAAUAGGAAAGAUGUAAACCCACAAUGAUAAAGAGAAUGAGGCAGCAGAUAAGAGAUUCUGACACAUCUUUAGAAACUAGAAGGCAAUUACAGGCAUUCAAGCCAGGAGGUGUGGGCCUGAGAGGAGCAGGAGCGUGGGAGGAGACUGCUGUUCCCUCAUCACGAACCUUUUAUCUUUAAUAUUUUUUAAGACGAGGUAAUUAAAAGUAAAAGAAAUAUAUGCUUGUUGUAAAGUAUUUCACAUACUGCUCACGGUCAAAGGUGAUCUCCCCUUCUUCUUCUGAUAUAACCA